CCCACAAGCUUGUUGACAUCCGAGCGCCGAGGUGACGUGUUGGAGUUUUUUUGCGUGAUUUUCUGCUGCUGCUGCCGUCUCAUCAUCUUCCCUCAGAUUGGCCAGUUUCGAGAAAAAGAGUCCUUCGCGAGCUUCUAGAUUCUAGUGCACAUCCGCCUCCGGUUUUGGACGCUGGAAAUGUAAAGCAACUGCUGACGAUAAAGGAAAUCAGCUGACGAAAUUUCACAGUGAUAAGAAUUUCAGUUUACGUUUGGGACAAAAUUCAACGUAGCGAAAAUGGCACUGAUGACGAUGAUUGCCCGGGUUGUGGACGGUCUUCCGCUGGUCGGAACGAUGCAGGAGGACGAGCAGUCUGGACGAAGCGUCCUGGAGUACCAGAAUCAGGCAAAAAUGCUCUUCCGGAAGCUGGGCCCAAAUUCACCCAGUCGCUGCAGCAUCGAAACAGGACCUUAUCUCUUUCACUAUCUGAUCGAAAACGACGUCUGCUAUCUGGUGCUGUGUGACAAAAUGUUUUCCAAGCGCAUCGCGUUCAGCUACCUCGAGGACAUCGCCCAGGAGUUCCACAACAACUACGGCCGCAAGGUCAACUCGGUGACGCGGCCGUACGCGUUCAUCGAGUUCGACAUCUACAUCCAGAAGGCGAAGAAAUCUCUCACGGACCGCCGGCGGAACAUCAACACGAUCAACACGCAGCUGCAGGACGUGCAGCGAAUAAUGGUUCAAAACAUUGACGACGUGCUGCAGCGGGGCACGGUCCUCUCCGAGCUGGACACCAAGACGCAGAACCUGUCGAUGCUGUCGCAGAAAUACAAAAAGGACGCCACCUAUCUGAACCGGAAGUCGCUGUACGUGAAGGGCGCGGUGGCCGGCAUCGUCAUCAUAGUGUUUAUCCUCUACUUUUGGGUCAUUUAAUGGGGGUGAAGGGUGAGACGCGUUUACUUUUUCCUGUUUUUGUGGUCUUUUUAUGUAAUGUUAAUAAAAUAAACUAGAAGGUGAAAAAAAGUAAAUUUACACUGCAAUUUGGGCCAAAUUGACGACGUGGUUGUUAUUUAAUCGCUGUUUAGUUCUAUACGAACGACGUUCCUUUAAUUUUCACGCUAAACAUUGAAGGAAGCUUUUUUCUGAUAUUACUUUAGUGUUCAGUACUUUAGUAGCGUACUAUGUCAGAAGGAAAACAGUUUUUGCACCUUGGUUUUAAGGCUAAAUAUUACAAAGUUGUAAAUACAACAAGCAUAAUGAUAAAGAGUUUCAAGCAAAA